AUGUCUAUAGAGAUGGGUGAAGAAAGGUCGCGGAAGCGAAGGAGGGUGGAGGACGGUACCCUUCCACGUUCUAAUGCCAUCACCAGUUCAGAUCAGCUUCACCAACUUCUUCAGUUCCCGCCGUCUUCAUCUGUCGAGGACAUAAGAGCAGCGGUCGACCGAUUCACACAGUUUCUGUCCGAACUCACCAAGGAAGAUUCCCCACAUCAGAGUCGCCAGUGGAAGGUAUUGAAGAAGUACUGUGAUGAGCAGUCUUCAGCUUCACACGACCAAGUAGACUUCCCGGAUCUUCUGUCUGCAUGGUACAAUGCCAGCCAGUCCAACGCAGAAGCCGUGCUUGCCGCCAUUCCUCGUUCUCUGACUCAAUUUUUCGAGACAAUCUCUGGCCAUCUCGAGUUCCGCGACUUUGGAAUCUCCCUAUGCCAUAGCUUGCUCAAAAGAGACCAACUGCGAAUCCUCGAUCGAACCCUGUCGUCACCGAGAUCCAAAGAACAUCUCAUAACACCGUGUCUGCAGCUUUUGACAGAGAUCGUCGGUUUCGAUGGCGGUGCCCAUGCAAGCAGUGUCUUUAGCCGACGGGAUUUCCUCUAUCGGCGGCUCGAUGCCAUUCUAAGCCAGACGCCGGCAACCGUGGAGCAAGCCGCUUCGGUAAAUGCAUACCAGGCGGCUUUGGAGUUUGUUCUGGCCAACUUGAAGUACCUCGACUCUGCCUCCAAGUCCGAGUUCAUCAUGCAUGGCAAAACAAUCUUUUUGGCAAUUCGCAACUUGUCCACCUUGCCCGUGUCUGCCGUCAUCAAUACUUUGAAGACUUUGGAGCGGUCAAUUAUUGCCGAUGAGACUCUCAGCAAGCAGACAAAGACUCGGAGUUUCAACUCUGGUGUCCUGUCGGCGCUCGCCAAGCUGUACGAUUACAAUACCGGAGAGGGCGGUGGGUCUUCAGUCGAAGUUCGAGAUGCUCUUCAGAAGCUGCUUUUGCAGGUCUGCACGACCUCAAAGGGGGUGUUGCUUGCCCAAUCGGGAUGGUAUCCUCCAGGAACAAACCCCGAUGUUCUCGGUCAAGAUGAGAACAUGAUCGAUCUGGGUCUUGAUUCUCCUUUCUACUUCGAUGACUAUACUGAGAAAGUGCCGGUCAAAAACGGGGCAAUCUCUACGUUCAUUCAGGCCUUGAGACCCGAGAGUGAUGUGCGGCAAGCCGAUCUUAUCGUGGCAAUAUUGAAUACUGCCCCUGAACUUGUGGCCGACUAUUUUACAAAAAAACCGAAGUUCCUCGUUCCACCAGGAGAUGACCCAAAAUGGCGUGGGCAGUUUGCUUUCUUGUUCUCCGUGGUUCAGUUACCGGUGCCCCCGAACUGUGGCUGGAAUGACAAGCUGCCAUUGACGCCACCCCCGUUGUCGAUUGUUGUUGAAAGCAUCCUCCCACGCCCAAUCGACCGAACGACGAUCGGAAAGUGUCUCCGCAUGAACGAAGACAUCAUUAUCAUGUCCGCGACACGGCUGUUGACAGUGGCUUUCGAGAAGCUCGAUUCGGUCUUGAAAGUCUUUGAGAAGGCACCAACCGAGUCUCAUUUAUGGCAGCAGGCAUCACGUAAACUAGUCAGCCUCUUCAUUGAGCGUAUCCCGCCCCUUUCCGAUAUCAUUGCGACACUUCAAACGCUGCCAGACGAAAAUGAGCAAGUCCGAACCUCAGUCCUUGAAUGCAUAGCUGCGUAUCACACGAUUCUGCCCUCAGUAACCGCUGGAUCAAAGUUCGAUUUUGGUGUGCCUUUGGGGAAACGGCUUCAACUUCUAGACUCUGACACGUUGGAUGCGGCAACAAGGGACCUCAUACUGGCCCAAAUAGCGCACCUCGUGCAGAUUGCGUACAUUUCAUCCGCAACAAAAUGGUUUCACAAAGCGGGGUUAGAAGAACUGUCGUUAGUCGUGCAGCUGCUCAGACGCUGUGGCCAAGACUCCGAGAAGCCAGUCACGAAAGAAACGCUUCCAAUCAUCAAAGGCGUGUUGACUGAGAAGGGAAUCUUGGACACUGAUGUACGAUCUACAGAUGCAUUGAUAUUGAGCCUUACCGCGACCAAGAAAUGGCGGCCGGAGCUCGUCACCUAUCAAUUCCUGGACAACUGCAUAUCGCGCACGGCUCAAAGACCUGUCAAGUAUCUGGAUCAACUGGAACAAGCUCAGCAUCUUUUGUCUGAUUCGCAACCUUUGAGUCUACUCGCCUGCUGCGUGGCAGAGCAAUGGGUACAUUUGCUGAAGAAAGAAGACAAGAAAAACAUCAAGAAUGUUGCGGAGUGGAUCGCCAGAUUCUUUUCCGCCCUGGAAUCGGCAGGCGAGAAUUACCGUGUCAUGAUGCACUUGAAGGAGGAGAUGUUGAAGCAAUGUGAUGCCAACGAGAAGGCCAAAGAAACACUGGAAAAGGCGUUUGAGAGGCAACGAAAGAAACAGGUUGUUCUACCAGAGGAGGAUCUCGACGAAGCGGACACAAAACAGCCGGACGGUUCCACCGACAGUAUACAUGGACCGGAGCAGCGACAGCACGUCAGCCUCGAUCUCGCUGAAUCCUUCCCGCCACCACCGACCAUCCCAACAUCUCUCGCAGGCCUCGAUCGCUGGGCGAAACCCGACUUCGAAUCCGAGAUUCAAAGCGGCCGUCUCGCCGAUCUGAUCCGUUGCCUCAUCUCCCCCGAGCCCGAAGCCCGACUUCAGGCGUUUCAUAUUCUCCAACAUGUCAUACACGCCGUCCAACAGUCUAACUACGACGAGAAGACCCAGCUCUACCUCCUUCUCGGAGAGCUCUGUGAGACGAUCAGGAGCCAUGGUUUCUCCAACUCGACGUCCACGGCCACAGCCCCGGCCUUCUCCAUCGUGGCGGAACUCGCGAUCCAUUUCCUCCCCAUCGUCGCCGACCCGUCGUCCCCGUUCUACCGCAAGACCAACACCUUCCUCCUCCGCGCGCCCCAGUGGUCCGUGCCCCACAUCUUGCCGUACUGGUUGAAGGAGACGUUCCUCACGGAGCCCGAGAUCGACGACCCCGACAUCCCCACGAGCCUUCAGCAGGGAGGAGGAGGAAACGUCAAUGCUCAAGCACUGGAAGUCGAGCAUUUCCUCGACCUGCUCCUCCGCUCUCUUCGGACACAGACGGACAUGGACCUGUUCCGGCGCGCCCAGGUGUUUACGCGACUGUUCUCCUACUACCUUUCCCCGAUCUGCAACAAAUCCAUUCGGAAGAAGAUCCUGCGCGUCGUCGGCCUCGCCACGCGAAUCAAGGGCGGGAGUGACACGCUCAUCACCAGGACCGGGGUCCGGGAGUGGCUGGCGAUCGCGAAGACGCUCCGGGGCCACAGUGGGCACGGGGUCGCCGGGUUCGGGAAGGUCGACGACGAGAUGGUGCGGCUGGUGGAGGCAGUGGAGGCGCAUGUGCAGCAGACUUGUGACGCUGACAGUGUUCGCCGGUGGGAGGCUGAGAGGCGCAUGUUCAGGGAGGUGGCCGAGCGUGGUUCCAGGGUUGAGGGAGGGGCGGUCGGCAAAGAACAGCAGCCUCCCCUGGGAAAAGUCAGAGCGCACGAUGUGGGCCACCCCCAGGACACGAGCGAAGAUGACCGUGAGGACGAAAGCGUCAGCGAGAGUGAGAGCGAAAGCGACACCGACACUACCACCGACACCACCGAAACGGGGACCGAGACCGAGGACAAAGGAUUAAACUUGUGA